UUUUGAGGGCCAAUGGCUCCCUCUCACCAGUGGUUGUAGGGUUUGCCGUGGUUAAAUUAUCAGGCAACCAUGCUGAAACUUUUUGUCCAAACAUCCAAUAUCCUGUUUUUGCUAAUUGAAUUUCUUUGAUUCCGAUGCAGACUCAACAUUCGUCUCAGAUGGGAAGAAUCAAGAUUGUCUUUACCCUGACUGAAAACAACCAGAAACCUCUCAGCUCUAUGAAAACACUGCUCUGGGCAACUCGUCCUCGGACAUCCUGUUUUCAACUAACCAGGUGAUCCCUUGUGUAGGGAAGACUGUUUCCAGCAGUUAGAAUCAGAAAUGAGUAGAUCUUAUGACAACACCACUCCCAAAAGGAUUAUCUACUUUGCUGAUGGAGAUGUCACAGGAGAAUGCGGCACAGAGGAAGACGAGGACAGAGCAGCAGACACAUGGCCCUCUUCAGCCAUUGAUUCUGUCGCCUCAAGUACUUAUUCUGCCUUCCAGCUUGUGGGCUCCACUUUCGGUGGAAGAUUUGCUGCCUUCUUUGGUCUUACGGAACCCAAACACCAGUGUGGGCUAAAUGAGCAUCCCAGAACACAAACCAAGGUAGAUGGAGUCCUGCCGGGGCCACCUAGGGCUCUGAGACCAGAAGGGUACUUUGCCAGUUAGAUUUCUGCUUGCUAUGAGUGGACACUGGCAGAGGCAACUUAAGGAAGGAAGGGUUUAUUUAGAUUCACAGGUUGAUGGACCCACGGCAGCAAGAAGGCUUGGUGGCCCAUGGUGCCUUAGCAGUGGGAGUGUGGGGCUGUUUGUUUACAGCCAAGCAAAGCAGGAAGUAGAAAAGGAACAGGAAGCUGGUUGAUCCUCCAGCAACUCCCUUCCUCUAGCCAGGCCUGUGGUCGCACAAUUCCCACAAUCCACCUGGUAGUCAAGUCAUGCGAUUGCUCUGAGCUUCCCUGAUCAGAGUGGCUUCCGAAGCCUCUUGUCCCACCACACUCUUCAGUGUUUGCCUCCUUCCCACGAAAUAAGCAUUUCCUAAGCCAAGCAGUGAAAAAGUUGAGCAUGAAGCUUGGCAUUGCUUCAAAGGCGAAUCUUUUUACGCGAGUGUCUCUACAAGAGGAGGUUCAGAGGUACUUGGCUGUUCUGUGAAAACUUUCCUUCUUUUCUCUCCAACCAGGACCAUGACACGGAAAGUGAAGGGGGUGGCUCAAAGGCCCCGCAUGCUGAGGUUCCUAAUGAAAGGUGUCCCCUGGGACUUGACGGCCAAGAGUAUGGGGUCGUGUCUUCCAGGGAAGGCCUGGUGUCUGAGGCCUGGUGGUGUACGACAGAAGCUACCUCUGCAUCCCAAGCCUUGGUUAUUGGUUACCAUGGCAACGGUACAAUAGGCAGUAUUUCUGAGUUUGAUCUGGUUCUAACUAAGCUCAUGCGUGAAUUCUCAAGAAUUCAAGAGUUAUAUGUAACAAGGAAAGUGAUUUAUAGAUACUCUCACGAUAUAAAAUGUUAGUUGCAAGUGCCAAUCCUGACAUCCUCCCAUCGAUACAAGUUCUGUCAGCACUGGCUUUGCACAACAGCAAUGUCUUAUGGAACUUCGGGUUCAGAGGGUUGGGCUUACAUUUUUCCCCCUUGGUCUUAGGGUCCAGUAAAAAGCAGAACUCUAAAUUUAAUCUAUAAUUUCCCCUUAAAUGUAUGUAUUUCCAUAGAGUCAUUUGAAUUGGCUGGGGCUUGCUUUAUCAUUGGCAGCCUCAUUGCUACAUAAGUCUUUAAAGAUCUUUAGUAAAGUCUUUGAGAGGUCCAUUAGAAACCAGCAAUUGAGAGCUGGAAGACGUGUGAGUCGUGACUUGGGUCACUGCUUCGCCCAUCCCACACCAUUCUUAGGCUUUUGGACUCAGUUUGAUUUGUUCUACCACAAGCUUUCCUGAAUUCUCAGGAUGCGGGUGGCAGACUGUGGGAUUUCUUGGCUUCUGUGAUCAGGUAAGUCCUUUCUUCAUAGUAAUAUCUAUUCAAUUCCCCAUAAUAACAUCUACCUACCCACCCACCCACCUACCUACCUAUAUGCAUACAUACAUACAUACACACAUACAUACACACAUACCAUACACAUACACAUACAUACAAAACCACCUACCUAUUUACCAUUCUAUCCCAUUGGUUUCAUUUCACUGGCGAAGCUGAAUGGGAAUCCCCUUUUCAUGGGUUUGAAUAGUUUGUCCUCACCAGGCAGCCUUAGUUCUUUAUCUGACAUGCUCUGUUAGUUCCGUUUCAAGGGAAGUAAAUCUGAGGGUUUUAUGGUAUAGCAGCAGGGGCUACACUCACAGCUAAGCAUUAGUUACCUAUGCCUCAGGUGUCAGAUCAAAGCAGAAAACUAUACUUGACUUAGUUGUUCUUUUCUUUCAGAAUAAGCUCUAGUGAUUUUUUUUUACUUUUCUAAUAAAACUAUUAAAUACUUAUCAAAUAAAUACCUGUUGAUGGUCCUAUGGAACUAGGCUGUGGUGCUUUGAGUGAGAAUAGUCCCUAUAGACUCCUAUGUUUGAAUGCUUGGUCCUUAGUUGGUAGAACUGGGAAAAUCUAGAAGGUAUGGCCUUGCUGGAGGAGGUGUGUCAUGGGGGGCAGGUUCUGAAGUUUAAAAUGCCCACUCCUUUCCUAGUAUAUGUGUGCUCCCUCUCCCUCUCCCCUUCCCCUCCCCCCUUCAUGGCUGUGUCUCAGAAUAUGCCCUUUCAGCUGUUGCUGCUGCUAUGCCUCAAACCCUUUGAAACUGUAAGCCAGUUAAACGCUUUAUUUUGUAAAUUACCUUGAUCAUGGCCUUUUAUCACAGCAGUAGGAAAGUAACUAAGACAUAAGCCAGAGUGCAAUGUAUGGAGAAGUGAGCUCUACUUAGCAAACAUUACUCCCACACUCUAUCAUUCUUUUCUAUGGGAAGAGGGGAGAAUGCUUUCCCUUGUGGUCAGUGAGUGUUUGCAGGUCAGUUGAACUGUGGGACUGACAUGCCCUCCCUCCCACAAAUCCAGCUUCCACGUGGACUCAACGUCAAAACCUCAAUCCCAGUGUGACUGUUUUAGGGAUGGGGCCCUGGGAUUUGAUUAGGUUGCUACAGUGGGUCCCCCUUAAGGAGAUUUGUGUCUCUAUAAGAAGCCAGAAUCAGCCAGUUAAAUGUCUACCAUGUGGAUUGUCCCAUAUACUGACCACGCUGACACCUAGAGAUUUCCAGCUUCCAGAAUUGUGAGAAGUACAUUUCUCGAAUUAAUCUUCUGAAUUAAUCUAAAUUCAAAUGACUUUCUUUUUUUUUUUCUUCUUUUUUUUUUUUUUUUUUUUUUGGAGCUGAGGACCGAACCCAGGGCCUUGCGGUUGCUAGGCAAGCGCUCUACCACUGAGCUAAAUCCCCAACCCCUCAAAUGACUUUCUGAUUGUUGGUAUUUUUGAUUAUUUACCAAUAUAUUUUAUUGUGUGUGACAGGCAAAUUAAUUUGCCAAUGAUUGAGCUAUCCAAACCUUCACCUUUAGAGCAAUGACUGAGAAAAGCCAAGGUGAUCAGAGAAGCUCCUUGACAGAGGCACAUAGACAUCCGUCCUUUAUCACCAACAUAAAUCAUUCAAGUGCCUUUCCCCGAACGAGCAGUCCUGCCAAGAAGAGCUGAGUCCUUUCAUCUUUGCAGGCUGCUUGGUGACGAUGCCCUUCAAUUAUCCCCAUAAAAAAAAUUCUCUAUCCCUUGCCAAAAUGCACCACUUCCAACUGUAAGAUAUAAUUACUUCUUCUGCCAGCAGCAGAGCAAAACCACGCAUACCUUUAACCAUUUUCAUACCCAGGUACCUUAUAGAGCUUUGUCAACAGCAGGCAAACAGAGUAGGCAGCUUUUCAAGCAAGAGGUGGGAAAGCA